AUGUGGGCAGUCGCCGUCAUAGCUUGUGCGGCGCUGCUGAGCAGGAACAAGCGAAACCCAGCUCUACCUCCUUGUCCUCCUGCAGAUCCAUUAAUCGGCCAUCUGCGUCAAUUCACGUUCGCUCCUCAACGUGAGCUCUUCCAGAAAUGGGCUACGGCUUACGGCGACGUCUUCCAUCUCAAUAUCUUAGGGCAGAUUAUCGUAGUUGUGAACUCCCUCCAAGUCGCAACUGACCUCCUCGAGAAACGGAGUGCGAACUACAGUGACAGGCCUGCUUGUACUGCCCUGGAGAUGAUGGGCUGGAAGGCGAACGUUGCCUUUAUGCGGUACGGCGCGCGGUGGAGGAAGCACAGAAAGCUUUUCCAAGAGUACUUUGGCCAGAGUCAAAGCCUGACAUACCGCGCCCAUCAGACUGAGGAAGCGCGUAUGCUCCUGAAAGAUUUGCUCACUUCGCCCGCGGAGUUCAAGGCAUGUACGCAGAAGUAUGCUCUUCUGAGCAUCAUAGGCAUUGCAUACGGACAUCAGGUAAAGUUGGAUGACGACGUCUAUGUCAAAAUCGCACAAGGUGCAAUCCACGGACUCGAAGAAGCCGCUGCAGGAACCACGCUGCUCGACCUCUUACCCUUCCUGAAAUAUAUCCCUUACUGGCUGCCCGGAUGUGCUUCUUUUACAGCUGCGGUGAGGCAGUGGGGCCCUGCUACCAAGAGUUUAUGCGAAUAUCCGCUCAACGAUGUGCGGAAGAAGAUGGAAGCGGGGACCGCGCAGAAUUCGUUCUUUGUGUCUCAUUUGGAGCGCCUCGGCACGGACGGCGUGGACGAAGAAGACCUCGAGGACAUCCAGGGUGCCGCUGCGACGAUACUUGACUUUUUAAUUUCGGGCAAGACAUCCUCGCUCAUCCAGAGUUUCCUCCUGUUCAUGCUGCUGUUCCCCGACGUGCAGCGCAAGGCGCAGGAAGAGAUCGACCAAGUCGUCGGCUCCGGGCGGCUCCCAGACUUCGAUGACCGCGAUACGCUGCCGUUCGUGGAAUGCGUGCUCCAGGAGACCAUACGAUGGUACCCAAUCGCUCCGUUCAGUAGAGAACCCCCGAUAGAUCGGCACUCGGAUGUUGCUGACCUUAGACCCCUAGCUAUUCCUCACCGAAGUCUCGACGACGACAUAUACAACGGAAUGCUUAUUCCGAAAGGCUCUGUAAUCAUACCUAACGUGAUGGCAAUGAGCCGCGAUGAGACAAUGUACAAAGAUGCAGACAAGUUCCUCCCUGAGCGCUUCCUACCGGCUCCUGCCGGUCGCGGCGAGCCGCAUCUCGGCGUCAUCUUUGGGUUCGGUCGGCGGAUCUGCCCCGGGCAGUAUUUUGCAGACAACAGCGCAUGGAUCGUCAUCGCGAGUAUCCUCGCGGCUUUCGACAUCUGCAAGCCCGUUGGAGCGGACGGGAUAGCAGUUGAGCCCCACAUGGAGUACACCACUGACGGGAUUGCAAGCCGUCCGAUGCCUUUCGAGUGUGUUCUGCGACCGCGCUCAGAGACGGCGAAGGCGCUGGUUGAGCAGCACACGUAA